UAAUGAGGAAGAAAAAAAAAUGUUUUUUUUUUUUUCAAAAGUUGGACAUUUUUUUUAAAAUUACAAAUUUGUGUUUAUUAAUCAUCACUGAGGAAUGAAAAAGCUUAAACUGAAUCUGAAUUUUCACAGAGGAAAGUCUCCUCUGGUCUGUCACCUUCAGCACAUAUUAAAGAAGCAGAAAGUUUCCUGCUUUUUCUACAAAUAACUGAAAGAACUCGUCUAUACACAAGAACGUGCUCUGCAGCUAAAAUGCAGUUUUGUGGAAUUUUCACAGAGAACUUUUGAGAAUAACAAAAGGUGAGAGAUAGGACAAAAGAAAUCUCACAGGGAGUUGGGACAAAUGAUGGAGUAAUUGUAAGGAAGUAGGGAAAAAAUCUCAAGUUUCUGUUUAGGGCACCAGAGACCGUAAUUGACUUGAGAACAUGCUUAUCAAAGGAAGAGGCUACAUGCUUGUUACCGUUUAGUGGAAUUAUGGUUUUUAAUUGAAAGAUGCAUAGAAGAAUAUCAAUAUUUUCUGAUCUUUUACGAGGAUGGCUGUUAGGAAUACGGCCUCGAAGCUGCUCUUCUUUAUCCUGCACGGAGCCGGGAAAAGACCUGAUUCAGGCACCGAGGCCGCCGGCUAUGGGAAAGCCGGUGGAGCAGCAGGUCCUUUCAUUCAACAUCGCCCCAUUCGCCGAUAAAUCGCCGACCUUGCAGGAGUUGGUGAAGCUUGGCGUCGACCUGAGCAAGAUCGAGAAGACGAGGCACGCUCACGAGCUCGUCCUCCGGCUGGACUUUGAAAGGGACGUCCAAAAAUACAUUAGGUUUUUACAUGAUGUAGGAGUCCCCUUGGACAAACUGGGCCAGUUCUUUACCAUAAACCCUUUUAUAUUCAAAGAGGAUCUCGAAAAUCUUCAAGUAAGGAUUAACUAUUUGGAAUCUAAACAAUUUACACCUGACAGCAUUGCCAGAAUCAUAGCUGUUAAUCCCAAGUGGCUUUCACACAGCACUGUAGAAAUAGACACUCGCUUAGGAUUUUUUCAGCAGAUGUUCUCUUUAGAUGGGAACGAAGUUAGGCUUGUGGCGACGAAAAUGCCAAAAUUGAUAACUUUUAAUUUACAACAUGUAGAGGCUAACAAAUUCUCAGUCGUCGAAGAAAUGGGAUUUUCACCUCUUGAGACAAAAGAAAUAAUGUUGCAAGUUCCAAAAGUUUACAUGAAAACGAGGCAUACGCUGGUCGCCCAGUUCAACCUUAUCCACAACGAUAUGCUCGUUCCACACGAACUCAUCGUCAAACAACCCCAGGUUUUGCUCUGCAGAGAACGACGGAUGAAGGAACGACACCUCUUUCUCAAAUCGCUCGGCCGAGACCAGUACGACCCAUCGAAGCCAAAAUAUGUUUCGCUUAUGAGCAUCGCUGCCCAUGAUGAUGCCACAUUUUGCAAAGAAAUUGCAAGGACGCCCGUAUUACUUUUUAAUAAAUUUUUGAAAACUUUGUAAAUUUUUAAAUGGUGAUUGUAAAUAUGUGCUGUAAAAAUUUA